GAUGCAGCUGGCUUGCUCAAAGCAGCCGGUCCUGCCCUUGCAGUUGGGAGCAAAGAGCCAAGUGUGGGAUGGUAACCACCUCCCAAAAAGCCAGGCAGCCUUUCACCAGAGGGAAGUAUCAGGUUCCUGAACUGUGGGUUGUCACUGUCUAAUAAUAUGACCGUUUUGCCAUCUCUCUGCAAAUAAGGCAGAAGCUGCUACCUGAUUGGUAUAACAUCUCACUUACCCUCCUCAUUGAUUUUCUUGUUCUCCUCCUUUGCUUCAUAAAAAGAGGGACCAGUGGCUCGUGCUGUGGACAGAGAAGCUUGAUUUUUAGUAUGAGAGAGCCUCUAUUUUCUUUCAGGAGAGGGAAGUUGGAUGAUCAAUUCUUUUGUAAAUGUGUAUGGUGAUAUUUGCUCCGCUUUUUGCAAUCUUUGCAUUUGCAACAUGCGGUGGCUAUUCCGGAGGCCUGCGGCUGAGUGUGGACUGUGUCAACAAGACGGAAAGUAACCUCAGCAUUGACGUAGCAUUUGCCUACCCGUUCAGGUUACACCAGGUGACGUUUGAGGUGCCCACCUGUGAGGGGAAGGAACGGCAGAAGGUGGCCCUGAUUGGCGACUCCUCAUCUUCGGCAGAGUUCUUCGUCACCGUGGCUGUCUUUGCCUUCCUCUACUCCUUGGCCGCCACUGUCGUUUACAUUUUCUUCCAGAACAAGUAUCGAGAAAACAACCGGGGUCCACUCAUAGACUUCAUCGUCACUGUAGUCUUUUCUUUCUUGUGGUUGGUGGGUUCAUCAGCUUGGGCAAAAGGGCUGUCUGAUGUCAAGGUUGCUACGGAUCCCAAAGAAGUAUUGUUACUGAUGUCAGCUUGCAAACAGCCGUCCAACAAAUGCAUGGCUGUCCACAGCCCUGUGAUGUCCAGCCUAAACACUUCUGUGGUCUUUGGAUUCUUGAACUUUAUUCUCUGGGCUGGAAACAUCUGGUUUGUUUUCAAGGAGACCGGCUGGCAUUCCUCGAGCCAGAGAUACCUUUCAGACCCAGUGGAGAGACACUCCAGUAGCUAUAACCAAGGCGGGUACAACCAAGACACCUAUGGAUCAAGCAGUGGGUACAACCAGCAGGCGAGUUUGGGGCCAUCCUCGGAUGAGUUUGGCCAACAGCCCGGUGGCCCUGCUUCUUUUACCAAUCAGAUUUAACAGGGUAGUGUUGGCAUUCUUCCAAACACAGCCUCACCACCUUCCAUGUCAGUGGCAGGAGAAUUUUUUAAGAGUUUCAAUCAGUUAUUAAUUCAGGGAGUGUUGAAUGUAAAUAAGAGAUCUGUUAGUCCUCAUUAAAGCAGAAAGGCCUGGGUCGUGAUGAAUGGUACUUAGAGAAGAGAUGACAUGAGGAGAUACAUGAUUCAUCAAGAUGGCUGAUUGGAGAGUACCUUGUUAUAUACACAGAUACUUUUAUGGUCGUUUUGUAUGCGUGUUGAGAUAGUAGAAGCAUUUUGUAGCUUAAAGUCUCUGGUAUGUAAUAUGCAUAAAGUAAAUUAAACAGCACUGAGUUUUCUUACGAUUUUUGGCGCGAAAGGCAUUUUAGUGAUUUUCUCUAAUACUGUUUGGUGCAUCACAACGUGCAUGUAUUAUUAUUUUUUAGUUGCAGACCCGGUAGAAUUGUGAGUCUCUAAGUAUUGCUUUCAGACAAUUACUAUGUAUUUUUUUUUAUUUGAUGAAUCAGUGCUCAUAUGAUUUAGUGCAUGAAUAAGCAUUUUCUCACAAAAUGAACAUUUGAACUGUAUUUAUGAAAAUUUUCCAGUUUGUACCACGUAUUUGUUAAAUGGACGUUUACAGAAAUAUAUUCACCACUUUGUAUACUUGCAAAUUUGUCUCUCUGGCUUUAUCCAGUUCUGAAUGCAUUGUAACUAAGAUUUGGGGUUUUUGUUUUUCCCUGAUUAGUAUAUAUUCAGUGUUGUAUAUGGAAAUUGCCCAAUAUUUAUGCUAUUUAGUUAGCUAAAUAUUUACACUCUUGUAACUUUCUAUGGUGUUUUGUGGCUUUUAUUCUAUGGACCAUGAACAAUGGGCCCAAUAACUAUGAGUGUGGAUGGAGUUUUGUUUCCUUAGAAUAAUGGAGAUGUAGGUAUCAGACACCAUAGUCAAGAUAGUGUGCUAACAUGUUAAUUUAUGAAGGAUAGUCUGUGGAACCUACACUACCAGCUAAACUUUUAAAUCCUGUUUAUUUGUAAAGCUAAUACGUCCUAGAUCCAAUUAUUAAAAAUUCUCAAGUCUUGGCUCAACUUACAAAGUCUGAUUUGAAUGUUACCCGUAAAUUAAAAAUGACUUCCUUUCUGUCAUUAAAUAUUAAAUAUUUCUCAUUAAAUAUUCCCCAGAAUGUAUUCAUUAUCAAGAAAAUGUUAAUCUUUGCCUGUUUGUCUUAACUCAAUUGAAAAGCCAGGGCCCAACAGUGAGAGCAAGCUGAGCAUCUGUAUUUCCAGAUAAAAGUCGUUAUCGAUGUAUAAACUCAUUGUGUGAUCUGUGAUGUUGGAAAUACUUUAGGCCAAAACGGCUGUGUGUCUUAGAUGGUAUGUAUAAACCAUUUCUGGAUCCUGUUGGAUAAAUCUGUAUCGUGAUAUCUCUUUGACCUUAAUAAAGUUAUUGCAUACCGUG